AUGAAUCUCACCGCUCCUCAGCCGGCGCAGCCAGUCUCACCUGCGUCGUCGAGCGGCGCUUCUCAAAAGCGAAGCCUUGGGCACAAUGUUGUGUACCCUGAGUCGAAAAGGCCGAGUCUAAACCCAAGUCCUCUCACCCCAAACACCCCAAACUCAGUCAACUCGGACCUGCCUGCGUACCAACAGGCAUACGCUAGCUCAAGCCGCCAAUUGCCGCCACCUCAGGUAUCAGCACACAAUCAAGCACAGGCCUACCCGGCAUUCCAGGACUACAUAGCUUCUACCUAUCGCCAGACUGCACUGCCGUAUGGACCAAGUCGGCCUGCGCAGGCACCGUCAAACGUGAUUGAUCUAACAGAGUCGAAUGCUCCAACGCCAGACCCGUUUCCUGAACUCAACAAUGCUUUCCUGCCGGGAGCUCCUGAGCCUGUCGACGCUUUUGGGCAAGACUUUAUGCCUACUCACGAGCUUGCCCAGUUCUUGGUGGCUCCGACUCCAGCCGGCGCAGGCUAUGUUUAUCAGUCUACAAUUAUCCAACAGCCCGUAUUACCCGAGGCAGCAAACCGAGCUUACGAAGCGCCCGAAGUACCUUUUUAUGUCGGCAACGCUGACAAGCCAUGGGCACCAUUCGACAACGAAGAUGAGUAUGGACAGCCUCUGACCUACGACGAAGCCCAAGCUGUCGAGAAUCUCCUUGGCAACGUCUCAGCACACGAUGCUGAAGAUGCGCCUGAGCGGCGCGAGCAGACGCCUGCCAAUAUGUGCUCUCAACUAAAGGAGUACCAGAAGAUUGGCCUUACCUGGCUCAUUAAGAUGGAGACGGGCACCAACAAAGGCGGUAUCCUGGCAGACGGCAUGGGUCUGGGGAAGACGGUGCAAGCCAUCUCACUCAUCUGCGCCCGACCCUCAGACGACCCACGCCGUAAGACUACACUCAUCGUCGCCCCUGUCGCUCUCAUGAGGCAGUGGGAGAAGGAGAUCGAACGCCAUAUUCACACGCGACAUCGCCUGAAGGUCUAUAUCUACCAUGGCAGUGGUAAGAACGCAGACUUUGCGAAGCUUCGCCAGUAUGACGUGGUUCUUACAACCUUUGGUAUCCUCACAUCCGAGUAUAAGCAGAAAGAGUCUCGCAAGGAAUCGAUGCGGCAUUUGGAAGAACAGCGGACUGGCAAUCAACGCAAGGCCAAGGAGAAACUUGCACUGCUGGGCGGGGAGUGCAUGUGGUACCGCGUCAUCCUCGACGAAGCACAAUGCAUCAAGAAUAGGCAGACAGUCGGCUCAAAGGCUGCUCACGAUCUCAUGGCUGUGCACCGUCUUGUCAUGACAGGAACGCCCAUGAUGAACACGAUCGACGAGCUCUACCCGCUGAUCCGCUUCCUUGGUAUUCCGCCAUACCACGACUGGUCGAGAUUCAACCAGGAUUUUGGAAAGCCUCUACGAGCCAAUCAUGCCGAGACCAGGAAGUCUGCUAUGCAGCGCGUGCAGGUCUUACUGAAGUCGUUGAUGCUUCGACGUCAAAAGGACUCACUUGUUGACGGCCAGAUCGUGUGUAACCUGCCGCCCAAGCAUCUUUCUAAAGAAGCUGUGGAGUUCUCCGACGACGAAAUGAUAGUGUACAAGGCCCUUGAGAGCAAGGCCCAGAUCACACUCAACAAGUACAUCGAGAAGGACACGAUAUCUGCCAACUAUGCGAACAUCCUCGUGCUUCUCUUGCGCCUCCGCCAAGCUUGCUGUCACCCACACCUAAUUAAAGAUCUCAGUCAACCAGCUACCGAGAACAUUGCAGAGGACGACUUGUUGAGCCGGGCCCAAGACCUGCACCCAGAUGUUGUAUACCGUCUGAGGAACGCGGAGGACUUCGAGUGCCCUGUUUGCUUCGACGCGGACCUCAACCCGACCAUCAUCAUGCCAUGCGGUCACACGGUUUGCGGAGAGUGUGUCCAGAAGCUCGUUGACCCAACUCGCGGCAUCAGGGAUGGCCGCGAGAACGCCGGUACAGCGAAAUGCCCUCAUUGUCGUGGAGAGCUAAAGGCGGCCAUGAUCACCGAUUUCAAGCAUUUCUGCAAGGUGCACGCGCCCGAGAAGCUUUCCGAGGCUGACCGAGCUGCCUCGGAGGAGCUUUUCGACGACGAUUCCGACUCUGGAGACGAGGAUGAAGAGGAUGAAGAUGAAGAAGUGGAUGAUGACGUUGAUGCAAAUGGUAACCUGGCAGACUUCGUUGUCGAUAACGAAGAGGGGUCUGAUGAUGAAGCCGAGGGCCCUGCCAGUAAUGACGGAGCUCCUCAGCCUCGCCCCUCUGCGAAGUCUAAGAGUAAGAAGAGGCGCGCCAAGGGAAAGGGCAAAGCCAAAGCUAAUCCCAAGGUCACGCUUGCGCAGCUCAAGAAGGAGUCUCUUCGUAGCAAGGCCGCCAAGCAGAAGUAUCUGCGUCGCCUGCGCAAGACGUGGAUCACGUCUGCCAAGAUCGAGAAGACCAUGGAGCUUGUCAGCGACAUCGCCGCGAGGGAUCCUACCGAGAAGAUUCUCAUCUUCAGCCAAUUCACUUCACUCCUCGACUUGGUCGAAGUGCCGAUGUAUGAGCGAAAGCUCAGGUACCAACGUUACGAUGGGUCCAUGUCGAUGAGCGACCGAGCCGAUGCUGUUGAGAAGUUCAUGGACAGUCCUGACCAGAGAAUCAUGCUCUUGUCGCUCAAGGCAGGUAACGCUGGUCUCAACCUAGCCAAGGCCUCGCAGGUGAUCCUUCUGGAUCCUUUCUGGAACCCGUACGUCGAAGAGCAGGCUAUCGAUCGUGCGCACCGCAUGCCUCAGGACCGAGAGGUGACCGUCCACCGCGUCCUCGUCCCCGAGACUGUGGAGGAUCGCAUCUGUGAGAUUCAAGACCGCAAGCGCGAGAUGAUUGAUACAGCUCUGGACGAGCGGAGCAGCAAGAGCCUUACUCGCCUCAACGUGCGCGAACUCAGGUAUCUUUUCGGCAUGGGGCGCUGA